UUUCCACGUCUACAACAAUCCCUUUAUUUGACAUGUUCAAGCUUAUCCCAUCGCUAGCUGUCGGGCGCAAGUUAUCACAAGUACCGUUCUCAGGUCGUCAGACACUAUCCUCUUCCGCCAGAACCAUGGCGCAAACAGAUUGGAACGCUUCUCAAUACCUCAAGUUCAUGAAUGAAAGAACCACGCCAGCGCGCGACUUGCUCGCCCGGGUCCCUCUCCAAGAUCCCAAAACAAUAGUUGAUCUAGGAUGCGGACCGGGGAACUCAACGGCCGUAUUGGCACACCGGUACCCCAACGCUCAUGUCGUGGGCAUGGAUUCAUCACCCGAUAUGAUCAAGAAAGCACAGUCGACACUCCCGAAUCUUGAAUUCACCGUGGAAGAUCUGAGAGCCUACUCGCCCCCGCGAUCUGUCGAUCUCUUCUUUUCGAAUGCCGUUUUGCACUGGCUGGGAAAGGAUGAACGGAUUGCGCUAAUCAAGCGCUUGAUGGAACCGCAGCCGUCUGGUGGCGCGUUCGCUUUCCAAGUUCCGUACAAUCUGACCGAGCCGUCUCAUGUCUUGAUGAGAGAAGUUGCCGCAGACGGUCCCUGGGCGGCUACACUGAAGAAUACCGGCAGAGACGCCUUCCAGACACCACGGGAGAUCUAUGACCAGCUCAUUCCACUGUCGUCGGAGGUGCACAUCUUCAAGACGGACUAUCACCAUCCCCUGGAGAAUCAUAGGGCAAUAGUGGAAUGGGUUCAGGGGACGGGAUUGAGACCCUAUCUUGAUCCGUUGUCACCAGAAGAAAAGGAAGCCUAUAUAAACGACUAUUUGAAGCGUCUCGAGACUGCUUAUCCCAAGUCGGUUGACGGCAGAGUGCUUUUGGGCUAUCCGCGGUUGUUUGUGGUGGCUGUCAAGAAGUGAUGGUACUACUACUCUUGGGUUGAAACAGAAAUAGCAAAUAAUUAUGAUGGCUUGCAUUCUCAUAAUCAUUCAGGAAUCACUACAGAGGUAUCUCAACCACAGUAAUAAUACAAUCUCAACC